AAAACGGACAAUGUGAAAAAUGGAAUCAGAAAAAUGGACACAAAGAAAGAACAGGAUUUUUUGCAGAACCUCUUUAAGUUUAUGAAAGAAAGAAAUACACCCAUUCACCGAGUUCCACACCUAGGCUUCAAGCAGAUUGACCUGUUUUUGUUUUAUACGUGUGUACAGAAACUCGGGGGUUAUGAAAAGAUUACGUCGAAAAAAUUGUGGAAGAAUAUAUACGACAAACUUGGAGGAAUUCCUGGAAGCACUAGUGCUGCCACCUGUACACGUAAACAUUAUGAAAGGCUGCUUCUUCCAUUUGAAAAAAAUAUUACCCAAUUUCUACUUACAACAACUCUGUUCAGGAGGACAAAAAAGAAAAUAAUGCCAAGUAGGAAUGCCCAGAGAGUAGAGGAAAUAGUAGAUUCUGUGAUGUUUAAUAAACGCAGAUGCACAUCAGAAAUUUCCCAUAAAAACCAAGGUAGAACUAGAAAAAAAGCUCCAUAUAUCUGUAGUAAAUCAGAGGUGUGUCGUCAGUACAAUACACGGAUCAGUGAUUUAGAGAAACAAGAAAAAAAAUGGGAAUCAAGGAGGAAGAGAAAAGAACCACAAGAAAAAUAUAUGAGAAGUAACAUAAACAUGAAAAACGACCGAGGAAGUAAUAAAACGAGAAGAAAACAUACUUUGGAUUAUAACUUGAAUAAACAGAAGAAUUCAUUAAGAGUGACCUCUAACAUCAGCUCAGUGAACUACGAGGACUUAGUGAAGCCUGGACUCUCACAUGGUAAAACUAACAGACUUACCAGGUUAAACCUCUCACAAAGUCGGAAACUAACUGGUUCUAGUUUAUCAAGUAUUCACUUGGAUGAGCAAGAGAAUAAUAACAGCGAAUCUGUUCCUGAACAGUCCUCCUCACAUCUGCCUUAUGAGAUGAAGAAUACAGUGGAGAACAUUUUGGACAAACAACCAUUAUCCACGAAGUAUCCUUGCAAUACUGUAUUACCAAUCAGCCUUGAGACUACUUCAGCUGUUGGUAAUAACAAUGCAUUACUGACCCAGCAUGCGAAAACCAAAAGUUCCAUGAAAUCUGACAUAAAAGAACUAAAAUCAGUUUGCAAAACAAGCAUUAUGGCUCCACUUUUUUUUUGUAAAGCAACUGUCUGUCCCACCUCUGAUUCUACAGUUUGUAAUAAAUCCAAAAAUGUUUUUGUUACCCAUACUUCAACAGCUAAUUCAGAUAACCAUCUAGAUAGAGAGGAACUGAUUGAUAAAAAGGAGUCUCCUGUAUGCCCUUCUGUUAUUAAACAUAAUGAGAAAGUGAAAUCAUCUAAAUUGCAGAAAAUUUGUCCUAUGUCAGAAUAUUCAUCUCCUGAUGAUGAGUUAGAGGCCUUCAAUAAUAUAGAGAAACAUAUUACCCAUCAACUUCCAGACUUUGUCAGUGUACACUCACCAAUAUCUACAACCAAUUCACGAAAGUUUCCUGUUUGUUUACAUCUCAAUAAGUCAUAUCAUCCUAUAAAUGUAAUCUCAUCAUUACCAGAAACACUCAAAUCAGCAAGUGACACUUCAUUACCAAUAAAUUCAGCAUCAAACUUUCAGGAGUCGUUAACAUCACAUUCCAUAGUAAAUUCUCCAAUGCCAUUGUCGUCAACUUGUGCAACAGAGCCUCCAAUGUCUCUGGAAACAUAUUCUUUUACAAUACCACCAUUUUUUUUCCUUACAUCUGAUAAAACAGAAUCAACAGUUUCAUUAGCCUCAACUUUUACAACAGAACCUCCAGCCUCAUUAACUGUAUCUUCUUUAAGAGGGUAUUCAGGAUCCUUACCCAUAUUUUCUACAACUGAUUCUUUAAUGUCAUUAUCCUCAACUCCAACAGUAGAAUCUUUUGUGUCAGUAUCCUCAGUUCCUACAGUAGAAUCUUCCAUAUCAGUACCCUCAGCUCCUACAGUAAAAUCUUCCAUAUCAGUAUCCUCAGCUCCUACAGUAGAAUCUUCCAUAUCAGUAUCCUCAACACCUACAGUCGAAUCUUCCAUGUUAGUACUUUCAGCUCCUAGAGCAGAAUCUUCCAUUUCACUACCCUCAGCUCUUACAGUAGAAUCUUCCAUGUCAGUAUCCUCAGCUCCUACAUCAGAAUCUUCUGUGUCAGUGCCCUCAGCUCUUACAGUAGAAUGUUCUAUGUCUUUAUUCUCACCUUCUACAGUAGAAUGUUCUAUGGCAGUAUCCUCAGCUCCUACAGCAGAAUCUUCUGUGUCAGUGCCCUCAGCUCCUACAGUACAAUGUUCUAUGUCUUUAUUCUCACCUUCUACAGUAGAAUGUUCUAUGGCAGUAUCCUCAGCUCCUACAGCAGAAUCUUCUGUGUCAGUGCCCUCAGCUCCUACAGUAGGAUGUUCUAUGUCUUUAUUCUCACCUUCUACAGUAGAAUCUUCUGUGUCAGUACCCUUAACUUCUACAGUAGACUCUCUCAUGUCAGUAUCCUCAAUUCCUACAAUAGAAUCUUCCAUGUCAGUACCUUUAACUCUUUCAGUAGGAUCUUCCAUAUCAUUAUCUUCAGUUUCUACAAUAGGAAAUUUAAUUUCAUUAUCAUUAGCUCCUACAGAAGAAUCUUCCAUGGUAUUACAUAGAUGUUUAGCUUCUACAAUACAAUCUUCUUCCUCACUCUCAGCUUCAAACCAAAUAAGCAUCAGAAGACCUUCUUGUACUAUCAAGACACACCAAGCAAGAAGUAUAACUACUGAAGCUCUUGCUUGCACAGGCUAUUUGAACCUGAACAGAAAUUCCAAGGCUAUGCAGAAGGUCAAUGAAUGCACCGUAAUGGCCUUGAAUGAAAGACCAUUAUCACUGUAUGUUCAGCAUUACAAUACGAUUUCCCCAUCUACUUCAUAUCAUCAGUAUGACUCUUGCAAGCCAAUAGUAACAGACCACAAUGGGUAUUAUGCUAAUCUGACAACAAAGAAUCGUGUAUCAUCAGCAACCCAAGCUUUUUUAUCUCCAGUAAACUCUGACCACGCAGGAUCCUCCAAGACUCCAACUACAAGUCUUUGUGCUGAAAACUACCAGGCUUUGGAUCUCAGCAUGAAGACAAAUCAUCUAAACACACAGAAAAAUCCUGAAAUUCCAAAAGUGGUAAUAUUUUCUGCUGAGCACGAAGAUUGUUUGGACCUCACAGUGAAGGCAAAGAAACCUGAUGAGCCUCAAUUGUUCUCACCUUCAUCAAAGAAAACACAGUCACCAUGUGUUUACAUGAAUAGUCACCAUUCUGAUGUUUGGUCCAAUAGAAACUACAUACCAUACCUAAAAGGUGGACCAAAAGUACCCCUAAAAGCCUAUAUACAACAUGAAUACAGUAGGUUUAAAUGUCCCCUACAAACCCAUACACAACAUGAAAACAGUCAAGAAAUAGCUUCCUUACAAGCCUACAUACCUCAUGUAAACAAUACAGAAAAGGGUCUCAUACAAGCUCAUUUACAACAUGUAAACAAGCAAGAGAAAUGCCUCUUACAUGCUGCCCAAAUAACAGGUGUGAAGAGUAAAGAACAAGGUUUCCUGCAAUCCCAUACAUCACAAGUAAAGAGUAUAGCUGAAGGUCCCUUGCAAUCCCAUACAUCACAUGUGAACAGUAUAACUAAAGGUGCUUUUCAAGCCCAUAAAUCAUAUGUGAACAGUAUAGCUAAAGGUCCCUUACAAUCUCAUACAUCACAUGUGAACAGUAUAACUAAAGGUCCUUUUCAAGCCCAUAAAUCAUAUGUAAAUAGCAUAGCUAAAGGUCCAUUACAAGCCCAUACAUCACAUGUAAACAAUAUAGCUGAAGGUCCCUUACAAUCCAAUUCAUCACAUGUGAACAGUAUAACUAAAGAUCUCUUACAAGCCCAUACAUCACAUGUAAAUAGCAUAGCUAAAGGUCCCUUACAAUCUCAUACAUCACAAGUAAACAGUAUAGCUAAAUAUCCAUUACAAUCCCAUACAUCACAUGUGAACAGUAUAGCUAAAUGUCCAUUACAAUCCCAUACAUCACAUGUGAACAGUAUAACUAAAGGUCCUUUUCAAGCCCAUAAAUCAUAUGUGAACAGUAUAACUAAACGUCCCUUACAAUCACACACACCACAAGUAAACAGUAUAGCUGAAGGUCCCGUACAAUCCCAUACAUCACAAGUGAACAGUAUAGCUAAAGAUCUCUUACAAGCCCAUACAUCACAUGUAAAUAGCAUAGCUAAAGGUCCAUUACAAGCCCAUACAUCACAUGCUGAAGGUCCCUUACAAUCCCAUUCAUCACAUGCGAACAGCAUAGCUAAAUGUCUCGUACAAGCUCAUACAUCACACGUGAACAGUAUAGCUAAAUAUCCAUUACAAUCCUAUACAUCAUAUGUGAACAGUAUAGCUAAAGGUCCUUUUCAAGCCCAUACAUCACAUGAGAACAGUAUAUCUAAAGGUCCUUUUCAAGCCCAUAAAUCAUAUGUGAACAGUAUAGCUAAAGGUCCCUUACAAGCUCAUACAUCACAUGUGAACAGUAUAGCUAAAGGUCCUUUACAAUCUUAUACAUUACAUGCAAAAAGCAUAGCUAAAGGUCCAUUAGAAGCCCAUACAUCACAUGUAAGCAGCAUAGCUAAAAGUCCAUCACAAGCCCAUAAAUCACAUGUGAACAGCAUAGCUAAAUGUCUCCUACAAACCCAUACAUCACAUGUAAACAAUAUAGCUAAAGUUCCCCUGCAAUCUCCUACAUCACAUGUAAAAGGAAUAGAACAAAGUCUCCUGCAAUCCCCUACAUCACAUGGAAAGAGUAGAGUACAAGGUCCCCUGGAAUCUCCUACAUCACAUGUAAAGAGUAGAGAACAAGGUCCCCUGCAAACCUCUACAUCACAUGUAAAGAGCAGAGUACAAGGUCCCCUGGAAUUUCCUACAUCACAUGUAAAGAGUAGAGAACAAGGUCCCCUGCAAACCUCUACAUCACAUGUAAAGAGUAGAAAACAAGGUCCCAUGCACAACUGUAAACCACAGUUAAAGAGUAAAGAUGAAGUUUUCACACAGGUGUGUAUGCCACAUACAAAUAAUAAAACUCCUCAAGCUGCUUAUAAACCCCAUGUGAACAGACCAGAUAAAUUCCUUUUACACACCAACUCAUUAUUUCUAAACAGUCCAUACGAAGGCUAUAUGCACAACUACACAGCACAUUUAGAUGACAUAAAUAAAUAAACCAUACUGGAUGUUAACAGUCAAGAUAUCUUACUAGUCCACACACCACAUGUAACCAAGAAAACCCACUUAUCCUAUGUAAAGAGCAGAGAACAAGGUUCCUUACAAGCUUGUAAACCAUACGUAAACAGUAGUCUCUCUCAAAUUAUGCAGAUGCAAAGUAGAAAUCCUUGUGUAAAUGAUGAUUAUUUUCUUAAAAAAUCACAAACUGUUAAUGACACAAAAAUCAAAUAUAGUGAUCCACAAACAGAAAUCUUCCAAUCAAUAACAAUGAACAGGACAGCUGAUGUACCACAACUGUCAUCCCUUUCUGUGUUGUCUUGUCCUUCACCCAUCAAGACCAUUGGAGAUCAGUAUAACAGUGUUAAAGGGGUUCAUUAAUCAAGACAAUUUUUUUUUUCUCAGUUAUAUCGUGAAGCUUGCAAAAGGCCUACCACACUGUAGGUGUCACUAAAGUGUGUUACAUGUUAAUCUGUUUAGCUAAAAUUGUUUAUUGUGUUUACUAAAACUUUUUGCUUGUGAACUGAGUGGAAUUUGUUUAAUGUAGGUUUUUGUUGUGCGUAAGUGUGUAUACUUAUGAGUUUUGAAGGAAGUUAAUUCCUGAAUGUUGUCAAAGUUCAAAUUUCUCAGAUUUCUAAGCUGUAUAUUAAUAAUCGUAUCUAUCCAUUUGUUAUAUAUAUGUAUAUUAAUUAAAUUACAGAUAAAAAUCAUCCAUUAGUUUCUAAGACCAAGUAUUUGAAAUCCAUACUUGUGUUUUUUAAGUCAAAGAAAUACUUAACUAAUUUCAACUCAUGGUAUGCUACUUCACAGUCUGUUAUUAUAGAUCUAGGUGUCUUUUAAUGAAACCUUGUUCUUAAAACUUCUGUAAUAAGCUGAAGAAAAUGCCUAUGAACAUGUGCUUGAGUGGCCAACAUAUAAGUAAUUAAGAAGUUGUCUGUGAAUGUUUUCAUUUACAUAGAAAAAUGGUAACAAGUACCAAAAUGGGUAACACCAGGUUUCUAAUUUUAAAUGUAAUUAUUAUCGCUUGACAAACUAACUUUCAUGUUAUACUCCAAAGGUGAAUUUUAAUUUUGUUGCCAUUCUUUAUAUGGGAAAUUUUAAUUUUUGUUGUCACCAUAACACAAAAAAGUUUGGUUAUUCUUGAAUGGGUACUCCAGCAUUUCAAGUUUCUGAGACUGGUAGUUUUAAACACAAAAUUGGAAUUGAAGACAGUUUUGUCACAUACAUCAUGAUGUUUCAACAUUUAACUAGUUGUUAAGUCAAGAAAAUAUUAAUUGGAUUGGGGUUAAAAAUUCUGCAUGUGACUUAUAAUGGUUUUAUGGAUGAUGCUUAACAAUGGAGCUAGAUAUAAACGAAGUUUUAGAGUUUCAUUGAGUAAUGGUAAGGUCAAACCAGAUACAAUAAAUGAGAAAAAGAACUGUAAAAGUGUGACUGAAGCAAAUUUUUGUUAUACAAAAUUAAUGUCUACAAAAGCUUUAUGCUAGUAUUUUAGCAUAAGUGUAUGUAGUUUGUUUUAUCUACUGGGAGUGUCUUUUCUGUAUGUACAGUUCUGUUACCAUAAAGUCUUUUUUUUUUACCUUGUA